AUGUCGUUCAGCGGUGGCCAGGCGUCGAGCUCCAUGGAAUUUUCACCAGAAGCAUUUUCCCGCGAAGGGUUACAACAACCGCAGCAGAGACCGCAUGCGAUGCAGCAGCAACCAUCUUUCCCACAGCAGCAGCACCAGCAGCAGCAACAGCAACAGCAACAACAGCAGCCUCCGUCGCAGAUGCAGCAGCAGGGACGGUCACCGGUGCGCUCUGCCUCACAAGACGGCGACGGCAGCAGUCGGCCGUUAGUCGCCGGCAGCAGGUCCCCCCAAGCAUCUGUUGCGCCCGGCCCGCGCCCCGCCGCUGUGCGUGUGCCAGCAAUGCGCGGGGCAGCGGGAGGCGCGAGGGGGAGCUCCGCCGCAGCUUCCGCGAUUUCCUAUGGCGGCGGUAAAGUCGCGGACGAGGAGGAGGAGGAGGAGGACGAGGACGAAUACGAGGAGGAAGAGAGUCCGCAGCGGGUGGGGCGGCAGGAUUCGGUCCGAAGCUCCAUAUCCGAUACCAGCGCUGACCGCGGGGGAUUGAUGGGCGGAAGGGGCGGGCUACGACCGCAGCGGAUGAAGAACGGGCCAGAAGGGGGGAGCGCGUCAUUGCGCAUGCCCCCGCGCCCCCCCGGCGCGAACCCCGCGCCCUAUGCGGGGGCGAAUCCGCCCGUCGACAGCCCGAUGGCCCGCCAGCAGCACCGGCGAGGCGCGUCGUUCGACUCGCGCGUGGUUACGGAGUCGUUGAGUGGUCCACCCUCAUUUCCCUCCCCUUCCUCCUCCUCCUCAGGCGCGGUGACGUCAGGAGGUUCCGCUUCCGCGCAUGUGCUUUCGCAGUCGCGCUCGGCGAAUCUGUCCCGCGCGCCGGUCUCCGGUGGUGCGCCGACCAGGGAUCCGCGCGCCUCUGCGGGAAGCAGCGGCCUUGCGGGGAAUGCGGGACGCGGCGGCAGUGGCGAUGGUAGCGGCGCGGUUAGUAGCGGUGCUACUAGCGCUGGAAGCGGUGCUGGUUUUAACGCGAAUAGCGGAGGCGGUGGCGGCAUGAGGGGUCCGGCGGGGUCGCAGGCAGUGUCGCAGGCUGGGCCGCAGGCUGGGUCGCAGGCUAGCUCCAUGCAGGAUGACGCGGAAGGGGGGCACGCGGAGUGGGGUUCCGCCGCUGGCGCGCAGGGCGGUGGGGGAAUGCCAGGGGGGAUGGGCGGAGGCAGGAGCGCGGCAGGGCGGAGAGUGCUCGGGGGAGCAGCGGGGAAAUCGCGGUUUUUGAGCGUACAGGAGACGAGACGAGGGGAAAGUGCUCUUAGCAGUGAGAGUAGCAGUGGGAGUGAUGGAGAGCACAGCAGAGUGAGCUUCAGUGGGAGCGAGGAGGGCGAGAGGGAGAGGCGGAAUAGCAAUGGUAAUGGCGUGCACAGGGAAGGGGCAGUGCCUGUGGCAACGGCGGCAAGAGGAGCAGGGGGAGGGAGAGGCGGAGGGGCGGCAUUAGGAAUGGGGAUGGGCAGCAGUGGGCGAGGAGGCAUGGGUAAGGGGGUGGGAGGAGGGAGAGCAGGUGGGAGCGGAUCUGCAGCAGCAGGUAUGGGUGGGGCGCCGAGCCUGGGUGGUAGGGGCGGGAGAGGCCCGGGCCCGGGCGUGGUUCGUGCCAUGGCCGGGGGGAUGGCUCGGGGCGGCAUGGGCAGCAGAGGGGGCAUGGGCGGGUGGCACAGGCGAACGAGCUCGGAGUCUCAGGCUGCAGCGGCGUUCUACAGCGCGCCUGGAGAUGACUUCUUCUGGAGUGGUGGGGAUGACGCUGGCACGCCCCCUGUGAGGCAGGGCGGGCAGCGGGGACUGGGGCAACCGGGGCAAGGGCAAGGGCAGGGGCAGGGGCAGGGGCAGGGGCAGGGGCAGGGGCAGGGGCAGGGGCAGCAGGGGCAGCAGGGGCAGGAGGGUGUGGGGUCAGGACGGAGUUUGCAGAGAGUUGGGGGAGAGGCGGGGAGGGGAGGAGGCGACGUGGGUAGGGGGAGGAUGCAGGGUGCAGGUGGGCGUGGUGGCACUGCUGGUGCUGCUGCCAGUGGGAGGGGUGCGGUUGGGCCGGGUGGGAGAGGGAAGGGAGGGGUGGGGAGAGCUGCAGGGUUUGGUGGCAGGGGGGGUGGCGGCUCUAACCUGCGCUGGAGCGCGAACUCACCUUCCGCUUGGGCGCCUCCUGAUGGGGUCAUGGCGCCUCCUGAUGGGGUCAUGGCGCCUCCUGAUGGGGUCACGGCGCCUCCUGAUGGGGUCAUGGCGCCUCCUGAUGGGGUCAUGGCACCUCCUGAUGGGGUCAUGGCGCCUCCUGAUGGGGUCAUGGCGCCUCCUGAUGGGGUCAUGGCGCCUCCUGAUGGGGUCACGGCGCCUCCUGAUGGGGUCAUGGCGCCUCCUGAUGGGGUCAUGGCGCCUCCUGAUGGGGUCAUGGCGCCUCCUGAUGGGGUCACGGCGCCUCCUGAUGGGACCGGGGGGACCUGA